AAUACUUAAUGCUCGUUCUAAAUCAAUCAAAGAAGAGAAAAAUAUAGAUUGGCCAACAGCUGAAGCACUUGCAUUUGGAUCAUUGUUGGUUGAAAAUAAGCAUAUACGUCUAUCAGGUCAAGAUGUGGAACGUGGUACUUUCUCACAACGACAUGCUGUGCUUCAUGAUCAAGAGAAUGAAGCACAAUAUGUUCCAUUAAAUGACCUUGGACCUGGUCAAGCACCUUUUACUAUUUGCAAUUCUUCUUUAUCUGAAUUUGGUACUUUAGGAUUUGAGCUUGGUUAUUCACUUGUUAAUCCCCAAUCACUUGUGUUAUGGGAGGCACAAUUUGGUGAUUUUGUAAAUAAUGCACAAUGUAUUAUUGAUCAGUUUAUUGCUUCUGGUGAAAAAAAAUGGCUUCAACGGACUGGUUUGGUAGUUUUAUUACCACAUGGUUAUGAUGGCCAAGGACCAGAACAUUCAAGUGGACGUCUUGAACGUUUCUUGCAGCUUUGUGAUGAUCAUCCUUAUGUUUAUCCAAGCCCCGAAAAAAUGGCUCGCCAACAUCAAGAUUGUAAUAUGCAAGUGGUGUACUGCACUACUCCUGCAAAUUACUUUCAUGUUUUAAGAAGACAAAUACAUCGUGAUUUCAGAAAACCU